UUCUUCGUCAGCCUCCCUUCCACCGCCAUAUUGGGCAACUAAAAAAGGCGGGGGGGGCUCCUGCUUUCGGGGUGUUUUUCUCCCCUUCAUCCCUUGUCCCUACUCACUCGCGGCUCCGGGACUCGCGCGGCGGCAAGGUUUGGAGAGGGGCUGCGUUCGCGCGACCCACGGGCUCGCCCCAGCCUGCACUCCGACUGUUCGCCACCUCCUCUUGCCUCCUCCCCUCCCUUCCCCGCCCUCCAGUACACUUGAUCACUGAGCCUCGAGCUGCGCGGCCGGGGCGUCCCUGCGCUCUCUCCCCCAGACCUGCGCACUCCUGCGGCUCGAGCGGUCGCUCGCCCGACUCUGCUCCACUUGACUCCCCGGCUGCAGUCGCAGAACUUCAAAGAGGGGUUCGCGCUGCGACCGGGGCGUUUCGCUUUUGUUCGGUUUUGUUGUUUAUUUCGUUUUAUUAUAUUAUAUUUUUUUUUUUCCGGAGAGCGCGAGCCGAGGCGGUGGUCCACACCCGCCCGGGGAGGAAGAUGUCAAACGUACGAGUAUCUAACGGGAGCCCGAGCUUGGAGAGGAUGGACGCUAGACAAGCGGAGCACCCCAAGCCCUCCGCCUGCAGAAACCUCUUCGGCCCGGUCAAUCACGAAGAGCUAACCCGGGACUUGGAGAAGCACUGCCGAGAUAUGGAAGAAGCGAGUCAGCGCAAGUGGAAUUUCGACUUUCAGAAUCACAAGCCCCUGGAGGGCAGAUACGAGUGGCAGGAGGUGGAGAAGGGCAGCUUGCCGGAGUUCUACUACAGACCCCCGCGCCCCCCCAAGGGCGCCUGCAAGGUGCCGGCGCAGGAGAGCCAGGAUAUCAACGGGAGCCGCCAGGCGGUGCCUCUAAUUGGGUCUCAGGCAAACUCUGAGGACCGGCAUUUGGCGGACCAAAUGCCUAACCCGUCAGACAGUCCAGCGGGGUUAGCGGAGCAGUGCCCAGGGAUGAGGAAGCGACCUGCCGCAGACGAUUCUUCUUCGCAAAACAAAAGGACCAACAGAACAGAAGAAAAUGUUUCAGACGGUUCCCUGAACGCCGGCUCUGUGGAGCAGACGCCCAAGAAGCCCGGCCUCCGAAGACACCAGACGUAAACCUCUCCGAAUUAAGAAUAUUCCUUGUUUAUUAGAUACAUCACUGCUUUAUGAAGCAAGGAAGAUAUAUAUGAAACAAUUUAAAUACAUAUCGCUGACUCCAUGGAAUGGACAUCCUGUAUAAGCACUGAGAAAGCAACAACAUAAUAACACUAAACAUGUUAGGCACUCUUAAACCAUCUGCCUCUAAAAGCAUUGGAUGUAGCAUUGCGCAAUUAGGUUUUUCCUUAUUUGCUUCAUUGUACUACCUGUGUAUAUAGUUUUUAUCUUUUACUAUGUAGCACAUAAACAUUAGGGA